GCAGUGCCUGACUGCCAGCGGCCCUCAUGGCAUUGGACGGGCAGCGAGGCAUGCCAGAUCGCUUAGCAAUCGAGCACAGAGGUGUGCGAGCGACGCUGAAGCACUUGAUCCAGCGCGCUCGCUCUCAUUCGCCUGACAAAGAUGUCAACGCGCAGUCAGCAGAUUGUCUCGCUCACCAGCUGGCCAAUACUCGGCUCAGCAUUGAGGAGAGAUCUCCCUUAGCCAUGCCCAUGCCAUCAUCACGUCGCUCGAUGGGCUCACCGACACGAGGUAGCCCAGCAGGUCCGAGGCCGAACCCCUUUGCGACUCCAUCGCCUGGCAAACAUGAUCAGGUCAAGAUCAAUCUGGCCAGAGACGAGUACGCAUAUUGUCCGGCGCAGAAUAGCAUCCCAAAGCAGCCUCUGGCGCCGGUUCCGAUGAAUGUACCGCCUCACUGCUAUGGACAGUCGAGCGCAAGUGUGAUGGCCAAUCUGCCACCCCUUGCUCACUCUCUCCCGCAUGCCUCACCUUCUAGGCCCCAGCCAAAGCCCGUCAUGCAUACGCCGUCGAAACAUGAAGCCCCCAGUGCGAGCUCUUCGCUAACCAAAGGGAGCUCCUCGACGCCGACGAAAGCUACCAGACCGCGCGCAUCGCCUAGUCCUGGCCCAAGCAGCAAGAUCACUCUCGUGCAGUGUUCCGGCAUCACCAGUGCCGGCAAACGAUGUGAACGCAAAGUCAAAGCGGGCGAGCUGAGCCAUACGACGGCAAGCGCACCUCUACAACGAGCGCUCUCAUCCGUUACACAAGCUUCAUUGCAACGCGUCGAGCGAAGGCUGACUCAGAGAGGCAAAGGCAGUCGAGCUCAAACUCCUUCGCGUGGUGUUCGUCAGCUGGACAAGAACGAGUUUGAAAUUGUCGAUAGCGACGAGGACGAAUUUGACGUGUCGAUACUGCAUGCGGACUCGGACGAGCCCGUCGCCGUGCGGGAAGAGGACAGACUGCCGGUGUUCUGUCAUCAGCAUGGCAAGCAUCUACUCGAAGAUGAGGGCAUGUAUCUGCGCGACUCCAACUGGCAGCUCUUCUCUGACUGGAUACCGGACGGCCUGCCCGAGGAGACAAAGCUGCAGCUACGAGCUACUAUGCGUGCACAGGUCACGUCGCAUGAUGUACCUGGAAGCAUGUAUGUCUACGAGCUCGCUCCCAAGUCGCAUGCUCGAUCAGACACGACCUUCAUCAAGGUCGGAAGAACGAAAGAUCUAGCAAGAAGGCUGCGCGAGUGGAAGAGACAGUGUCCCUCACGCUCGCCCAUCGUUCGCGACUUCUUUCCGCUUCAUCCGGACCACCCGCUCGCUCAUCUACAAACUCGAAAGUACGGUGUAAGCAACGAAGGCAUGCAUGCAAGCGGCGCAUUGCUUGCCCGCGAUCCUGCACCCUACAAUUUCCGCUGGGAGAGGCUCUGCCUUAUCGAGAUGGCAGGAAGGGUCGCGCUGGACCAUAUCGACAGACUCGGAAGCGAUGCUGCAAUGUCCAUCACAGACCUGCCCUGUCGAGAUUGCGGCAAGCAGCACAAGGAGCUCUUCGAAGUCUCCAAGGGCGCCUACGAGGCCUACGUACGAGAACUCGUCAUGCGCUGGCAAAGAUUCGUAGAACUCAUCUGACACC